AUGCAGUCAGUAAAGAAUGCCAUUGCCGAGAAUCUCGGCAAGGUCGUCUCCGGCGCCCAUGAUCUCGCACCCGCAGACCAACAGUUCUCGCUCGAGGAAGUGCCAGAUCUGAGCGGUAAGGUCGCCGUUGUAACUGGUGGUUCGGAAGGAAUCGGUUACGGAUGCACACACACCCUCCUAUCACACAACAUCAAGAAGCUCUUCAUCAUCUCCAUGAGCGAAGACAUUAUCGACGAUGCACUCAAAGCCAUCAAGGAAGAGAUGGGCGAGGACAAGGCCAGCAGAGUCGAAUGGAUGAAGUGCGAUCUCUCGGACUGGGAAGCAACUGGCAAAGUCGCUUUUGAGAUUGCCAAGAAGACAGACCGCAUUGAUAUCCUGAUCAAUAACGCCGCGAGAGGUAUCAUGACAUAUCAGCUUGCCAAGAACGGUGUCGAUCUACACAUGGCUAUCAACCACAUGGGCCACGUAGUCCUGACUUCUCACCUACUGCCUUUGAUCAAAUCUACAGCCGACAAGGGCAACAAGGUCCGUCUUGUACAGCUCGGAUCUAACGCACACGAGAGCGCACCCAAGGACGUCAAGUUUGAGUCUCUUGACGAACUCAACCAAGACCUCGGCGCUAUGGGACAAUACGGCCGCACAAAGCUCGCUUCCAUCCUGUACGCACGCUACCUCGCUCGUCACCUCUCUACCUCGCACCCCAACAUCUUGUCCAACGCUACACACCCCGGUUUCGUCGAGACACGGCAGUCUGUCGACAUGAUCCACGAGCCCUACCCGUUAGGCGGCUACGCUAUGAGCGUUGGUAUGGCGCCGUUCAAGAAGACGCAGUUUGAGGGUUGCGUAAGUACCAUGUACGCGGCGACCAAGACAGAAGGUACUGGCGAGUACAUCUGCCCGCCUGCGAUACGGGAGCCGGGUAGUGACUUGGCGAACAAUGAGAAGCUCGGCGAGCAGUUGAUGGAUUUCACUACGAAGUUGGUCAAGGAGAAGACUAAGAGUUCGAGCGCUGAUAAGGGGUGUCCAUUCAAGACGUACUAG